AUGGCCUUGGUUCAAAAGCUAACCGGAAUGUCUCGAUCUGAUGAUGAAGCUUCUACGAAAGCAACGGCGAAAUCCGUCGUCGAUGAGAAUAAUAAAGCAUCUAAAGUUGUGAAUGAUGAUAAUGAAUCGUCGUCUGUUGUGACGACGGAUGAAAAUUGCUGUGGUGGUAGCGGAUCAAGCGGUGCGGUGGAAGGUGGUCAAGUUAAUUCGUGUUUUGGUCCGGCGAUUUUUGAGCCACCGCCACCACCACCUCCGCCACAACUGGCGAGUUCUUACCUAUCGAAUAUCCCGGUUUAUGGGCCGAAUUCGACGGAGUUUUUGUGCGGUAAUCAACCGAUUUUUAACUAUGAUGAUUCUUUGCUUUUUGGUUCCAAUAUUCCUUCUCUUUCGUCCAACGGCGUUAGUGAUUUUAGCGAAUUUUAG